AUGUCAACAAAGUUAAAAGGAACACGUUCGGGACACAGGAGCGCUCUCACAAGGCUUUUGCGGAGAUUUGACGAUGUGAAAUCAAUCGAAGAGUUCGACAGAGAUGAACUUUCAACUAUUUUGGAUUUGAUCAUUGAUAAGCAAAGAUUUUUGUCAGACUUGAACAAUCAAAUUAUUAGUGAAUUAUCGGAAGAGGAACUUGAAGCGGAAAUUUCUGAUUCAGAUGAGUAUUCUAUAACUUUAGAGACAAAAAUACGCAAAAUGCGUAAAUUUUUAGAACCAACCGCCCGAAGCUAUUCACUCCCAGUAACAGAUAGUUCAUUUAACCCCUUAGCUCAGAGCUUUGAUGUCAAUAAAAACCAAACAGCAUCGUUCAAUUCACAACUCAUGUACGCUCCUCAUAUGUCAAACAGCAACAACCAAUUUCACAAAUUACCAAAGUUAGAACUUUCUAAAUUCGACGGCAACAUUCUUAAUUGGCAAGCAUUCUGGGAAUCUUACGACACAGCAAUUCAUAGUAAUCCCUCAUUAACAGACGCCCAGAAAUUCAACUAUUUGAAAACACUACUUCAAAACGAGGCUUUGACUACAGUUUCGGGUUUUACGCUCACAAAUUUAAACUACAGUAAAGCAAUAGAUUUGUUACACCAGCGAUUUGGACAGACUCAAAAAAUCACGCACACGUACAUGCAGACUUUGUUAGCUCUACCCGCACCCGAUAGUACAGUUCAAUCAUGCCGCAGAUUUUAUGACAAGUCAGAAACGCUCAUAAGAGGACUAGAAUCACUAGGUCAAAGUCAGGAAUCAUAUGGUGCAUUACUCAUACCUAUUAUGCUCAACAAAUUACCAAGUAGAAUUAAGGAGAAUAUUACCCGUGAACAUGGUUUAAAACAGUGGUCGCUUGAUGAACUCAGACAACACUUAUUUAAUGAGAUAAGUAUAUUAGAAGCCGGACAAAGAGUUAAUUUAGAAUCAGAUGAAACAUUGCAUAGCACAGUAUACCUUGCAAAAACUGACACAAAAAAUAACUACAAUAACAAUAACAGAAAGCCACAGAGAAGUGAGGUAGCCGUUCACACGCGGAAACCAUGUAUUUAUUGCGGUGAGUCUCAUAGCCCUAAUACAUGUAUGAAAAUUGUUGACCAAAAAGCCCGUCUAGAAAUCCUUAAACAAAAGAAAGCUUGUUUUAAUUGUCUUGGCAACCACCGAGUUACAGAUUGUAAGUCUAAAGGAACUUGUAAACAAUGUGGACGAAAACAUCAUACCAGUAUUUGUUUAAAUAAGAGUCAGUCUUCGUUUUCUAGCAACAGUAUUUCGAAUCAUAACAAUAAAGAUAAUAAACCCGCUUCAUCAGAUAAGCAAGAAAUAGCCGAAACCGCAUCAGCAAUACACUGUACUACAUAUUCACAAGUACUUCUCAAGACCGCGAUAGCUACGGUGCACUCAAACGCGCAAGUCAGUAUGGACGCAAACAUACUAUUCGACGAAGGGGCUCAGCGCUCGUUUAUUACAGAAAGUCUAGCGGAGCAACUAGAACUAAAACAAAACGGAACAGAAGCCAUAUCAAUUUCUGGAUUUGGAGGAGGUAUCGGAUCAAUACGCCAUUUGAAAACCGCUGACAUAUUUGUACUCACGGAAGACGGAAGCCGCAUACAGCUGAAUAUACUCAUUGUUCCUGAAAUAGCUUCACCGAUACGGAUACAUACUACCGAGACAACUAACUUACCUUACUUGCGCGGAUUAAGACUGGCACACCCGCUUUCAGAACAUGACGUUUUCUCCGUGAAUUUAUUGAUAGGCGCUGACCAUUAUUGGGAUUUCAUUGAAGAUAAGAUAAUACGAGGCAACGGUCCAACUGCAGUCAAGUCAAGAAUAGGCAAAACUUCCGUGGAAAGACGAACAGAACAUAAACCACUUCCGUCCAACAUCGACAUAGCUAGACGAAGAACAGAAAAUGUAGUACGAAGACUCAGAAACGAUCCGUUUUUACUUAGAAAAUAUGGUGAGAUUAUAAACGACCAGGAAAAGAGAGGAUUUAUUGAACGCAUAGACAACCCAACAACAACAAGCACAGAACAUGCGCAUUAUAUUCCUCACCAUUCAGUCAAGAAAGAUUCCGCGACGACACCCAUCCGUAUUGUUUAUGACUGUAGCUGUCGUCGAUCACAAGACACGCCCAGUCUGAAUGAUUGUUUGCGUAAAGAACCCCCGAUCUUAAAUGACAUAUCAACACUUUUGAUGCGAUUUAGAGAGAAUACAUAUGCUGUUGUUACGGAUAUAGAGAAGGCGUUUCUUCAAAUCACGCUAGACGAGAAAGACAGAGAUAUGACGAGAUUUUUCUGGCUAAAGGACUCAACAGACCCUACAUCAAAGUUGAUUACUUACCGCUUUAAAGCUAUCCUAUUCGGCGCAACGUGUUCACCUUUUAUAUUGAAUGCGACCUUAUUAAAGCAUUUACGUGAACAGUCUAGUCAUACAUCUGAAACACUCAUAGAUGGAUUAUACGUAGACAACAUAAUUGCAGGCUUCGACACCACAACUGAACUAUUGAAGUUUUAUGAAGAGUCAAGAACACUGAUGACCAAAGGUGGAUUCAACUUACGUUCAUGGGCAUCGAAUUGUACAGCACUUAACGAUUUAGCUACAUCUCAAAACGUUAACGAUGGAGACAAAUGUAUUAAAGUUUUAGGAUUACGAUGGAACACCAAAGAUGACCGUGUUAGUUUUGGAUUCAAACCAUUGUCUAUGCUACCAGAUUAUCAAAUCACGAAAAGAGAAAUAUUAAGAAGAUCGUCAAAAAUCUACGACCCACUUGGAAUUCUAAGCCCAGUUACAGUGCGUAGCAAGAUACUAUUGCAGGAUUUAUGGACACAGAAACUAGGGUGGGACGAACAAAUACCUGAUGAAAUUAGACCGCAGUGGCAUUCUAUCGAUCAAGACUUGAAAAAAUGCACAGAGAUUGAAUUUUCGAGACGUUACUUUGAAAAUAUGGACACUACCGAUGAACCUACCUUACAUGUAUUUACCGAUGCAAGCGCAGUAGCGUACGGCGCUUGUGCGUACUUAAUAAAAGGAGAAGAGUCUAACUUUGUCAUGGCUAAAAAUAGAGUGGCACCUUUGAAAAAGUUAACUAUACCACAACUUGAACUUAUGGCAGCAUUAGUCGGAGGACGGUUAACUUCACAUAUAAUGUCAAGUUUACGGAACGUUAAAAAGUGUGUACUAUGGAGCGACAGUCAAAUUAUUUUACACUGGAUAUCUUCAAGGAAGCAACUUAAAACCUUUAUAGCAAACAGAGUUAUUGAAAUCAAAGAGCUCACAUGUGAACAUAGCUGGAAAUAUUGCCCUACAGAACACAACCCUGCUGAUUUAUUAUCACGUGGUUUAUCGUAUGAACAAUUGAAAAAUAACAAACUAUGGAUGCAUGGUCCGGACUGGUUAACAAACGAGAAACAAUUGCCGAAUGAAUUUCAAAUCGACAAUAAAGUGAUGACCACAACUUGUAAGGACUAUGAGAAUCAAGAAACGCAAGAUGACAUUAUACGGACGAAGAACAACGUAUUGAACAUAGUCAACGUUGAUAGAUACCAUUCAUUCAACAAAACCGCGCGUAUCUUAGGUUACGUACAGAAAUUCAUAGAUAACUGCCGUAAUACAGCUCCUAAUACUAAAAGACUGAUCACAACAUAUCUAACACCACAUGAUAUACAUAAUGCAACAAUGAAGUUAAUUGAAGCUGUGCAACAGGAAAGAUACAGUGAUGUUUUUGAAAGCUUAUGUUCAAAGUCAACGCAUAGUUUGAUACGUCAAUUACGUUUAUAUCUGGACAAAGACGGAUUAAUACGAUGUGGUGGACGCAUUAAUAACGCACCACUUCCAGAGAAUGCAAAAUUCCCGUAUUUAAUACCAACAAAGCAUAGAUUAACAAAACAACUUAUAAAUGAUAUUCACAUUGAAAAUUUACAUUCCGGCAUAGGAGCUACCGUAACUUAUUUGAGGCAAAAAUAUUGGAUACCUUCAGCACGACAAGAAGUUGGAUGCGUAAUUCGAAAAUGCGUAAGUUGUAGAAAAGUAACAGGAGUUGCAUACAAAGCACCAGAUCCUCCACCGCUACCAAAAGAUAGAUUAUCGUCCGAAGAACCAUUUACUAUAUCAGGCGUCGAUUUCAGUGGUGCGCUUAACAUCAAAGGAGACGAUGGACUACUUCGAAAAGUGUAUAUAUGUUUGUUUACAUGUGCCAAUACUCGAGCUAUUCAUCUUGAAAUAGUUCCAGAUAUGACUGAAAAAUCGUUCAUGCUAGCUUUUCGUAGAUUCAUAAGCAGAAAAUCGAUACCAAGAGUUAUGAUAUCGGACAAUGCUACAACAUUUGUUGCCGCCGCGGAGGAAAUACGAAAGUUAACGGACUCUAAAUCUUUACAUGACAAAUUGUGCCAAUUUGGAACCACAUGGAAAUUCAUACCAAAACGUGCCCCAUGGUACGGCGGAUUUUGGGAAAGACUGGUUGGACUAACUAAAAAUUGUCUAAAAAAGAUUCUUGGACGCGCAUGUAUAGAUUUACCUCUGUUACAGACAUUAGUGGUGGAAAUUGAAGCUAACCUUAACAAUAGACCGCUUACAUAUAUAUCGUCGGACAUUGCCGAUCCAGAGCCGCUUACCCCGUCGCAUCUAUUGUAUGGAAGACAAAUUAAAUCUUUCCCGUAUCCGUUAUAUACAGAUGAAACAGACUGUUAUAGUGCCGAUUUAACAACCAAUCAUGAAACUAUGAAUGAUCAAGCGAAAAGGAGAUUCCGUCUUAUUGAACAAUUUUUAGCAAGAUGGAAACACGAGUAUUUGACCUCCUUACGUGAAUUUCACCGAGUGUCUGGAAAUAACAAUCAAAAAGUAAAACUAGGAGAUGUAGUCCAGAUAUAUGAUGACAAUUCUCCACGUACGACAUGGAAACUCGGUGUAAUUGAAGAACUUACCUAUGGCAAUGAUAACCUUGUGCGAUCUGCGACGGUCCGAACAUCUAACUCUAAACUAAACAGACCAAUUGUCAAGUUAUAUCCUUUGGAGAUUUGUGAACCCGACUCAAUAACUACACCGACACAAAGAUAUCAGCGAAGAGCCAAGACAGAUGCCGUAGAGAAAAUCAGAGAGUGUUUAAAGUGA